CAGACUGCAGGAAACCCGCUGUGCCAUGAGAGGGCUUCCUGGAAAACGAAACUAAUACCUGCAUCAGUUGUCUUCGCCCCUCAUCAGACCGCAGAUGUAGAUCUUUAACACAAUUUCUUUCCUAUAUUGACAACUUUAUAUCCGUUAAGAUUUAGCCGUUUAAAAGCGUUAUUCCACUAGCUAGCUUUAGCAGCUAACCGCUAGCAUGGAAGGAAGCAUGAAGAGCAAUGAGGAAAAGGGAGCCGAGAAACUAAUGGAUGAUUAUCUGAAGUCUGUGGGUCUGCAUCGGAAGAAGAUUGCUAAGGACGGGUCGUGUUUGUUUCGGGCUGUCGCUGAGCAGGUGCUUCAUUCCCAAAAUCUUCACACUAAAGUCCGGCUGAAGUGUGUGGACUUCCUGAAGGAGAACAGAGAGAGCUACGAGGCGUUCAUUGAAGGUGACUUUGAGGAAUACCUCUUCAAGCUCCAGGACCCGCAGCAAUGGGUGGGAGAGGUGGAGAUCAACGCUCUGGCCGUCAUGUACAAGAGAGACUUUCUGAUCUUCCAGGAGCCGGGCAAACAGGCGGUCAACAUCACAGACAAAAACUUCAAGGACAAGGUGCGGUUGUGUUUUCUGAACGGGAAUCACUACGACAGUGUGUAUCCCAUCACACACAUCAAGGACGCCGCUCUCUGCCAGUCGAUCCUGUACGAGCUGCUGUACGACAACGUGUUUAAGGUGGACCGCGGUUCUCUGGGAACUUGUCAUCGCGCCGGCAGACCCGGCGACCUGCUGAGCGACGACAUCAUGAACGCCUGCGCCAGCAGCGACGAGUCAGACCUGGACCCCGGAGAGACGCUCUGGGUAGAAAAUGGAGCGAGUACGACGGCUCCUAGACACAGGGGCCGUGGGCGAGGCCGCCAACUGCUGCCUGAGCGCGUGAGGCGUUCACUGAACCCGACUCUGUUCAGGAAUGUAGAGUACGACAUCUGGCACAAGACCAAGAGAGCCCAACAGAAGAGGGAUUACUGCAUCGCUGCUGGGAUGCAGUUCACUACAGGAGACCGCUGCCAGGUUCGUCUGGAGGCAGGUGGGCGGAGCUACAACGCCACCAUUAAGGAAGUUCCUCCCAGCAACGGCCCGGUGACGGUUCACAUCGAAGAGCUGGGAACCCGGAGACAGGUUAAUCUUUGGUCUCUGCGCCCCUACGAGGAGAACAGCUGGAGCACCGUGGGGAACCGAGACAAGAGGCUGAGCAACGGACAUGGAGAUUGGGAAGAGCGGGGGAAAGGCAGAGGGAGGGGGAAGCAUCUCCCAGCAUCCUCCUCCUCCUCCUCCUCUUCUCCUGUUGCCCAGACGAUGGCGCCGGGCUCCAGCGUGCGAGUCCUAAAGCAAAACUCCUGGCCCCCGCAGGCCACCGUAGAGGAGCCGGGAAACAAGGCUACAAGGAAGUCGGUGGGCUCGAUGGAGGCGCCGUUCGGUCUGACGGAGACGCAGCGGUUGGCCCGAGAGGAAGAGGAGAGGAACGUGGCGCUGGUGGAGAUCCAGCUGAGAGACGAGCACAGCUUCCCCGCCCUGGGGGCUCAGGCCGGGGCGUCGGCUGAUGGAGGGAGGAAGAAGGGAGUGGAGAGGAAGAGGUAUCAGAGGAACAAGACGGCGAGUCCUGUUGAAGACGUCGCUGGAGAUCGUCCCAAAUCCUCCACCCCCCCUCUAGCAUCCCCUCCCACUACUACAAAUACUACUACUUCAAAUACUACUUCAAACCCUGACCCUACCCCCCCCGCCUGGCUGGGCUCCAUCAAGGCUUCGACGCCCAAUUUAAAGAUGGCCUCCGCUGCAGCUCCACCCUCUACCUGUGCUCCCCGGACUGAGAAAACAAACUCCCCCAUUCCUCCCUUCAUCCCCUCCUCCGCCACCCUCUUCCUCCCCCCUGCUCUCCCUGCUGCCUCACCCCCGACUCCCCCCAUCGUCUCCUCCCCGCCUAAAUCCUCCUCCCCUGCUUUAGCUCUUCCCACCUUCAUCGCUCCCAUUGCUCCCUCCCCCUCUGCUCAGGGUUUCCUCCCCCGUCCCUCCCCUCCUGUCUCCUCGCUCCCCCAUCAGGCGGCUCCUGAUGCUCCAGCCGCUUCAGCACAAAAUUCUCUUCCAAAUCUCGGAGGGCUCUUGAACGCCUCACAGAUCCUCCAGCCCCCCCCUCAGCCACCUCUCGCCCAAGCCCAGACCUCUCUCUCCCAAAACUCCCCCAUCAUGAUGCCCCAGCUUCAGCCCUCCCCCUGUCUCCCCCCUCUCCUCUCUCACCCUGAAGUCCCCUCCCUCCCUCAGACCCAACCCUCCGUCUCCCCCUUCCAGGACCUCCCCCAGUCCGAUCUCCCCCAGGCCCCUCACCCCUCCCAGCUCUCCCAUCCCUCCCUCUCUCUCUCCACCUCCCAGAAUCAAACCCAUCCCUCUCACCUUGCUCUCCCUUCUCCUCACCCCCCCACCCAACCUCCCUCAGAGUCUCCUGCUCAUGAUACCUCCCACCCUCCUCACCUUCCUCACCCCACUCAUUACUCCCAGUCUGCACCUCCUCACUCCCCCACCCACUCUCACUCAGAGUCUCCUGCUCAUGCGGUCUCUCUCCCUCCUCAUCCCUCCCAUUACUCCCAGUCUACACCUCCUCACCCCCCUACCCACCCUCACCCUGAGUCUCCUGCCUCUCACUUUCCUCACCCCUCCCAUUACAUCCAGUCUGCACCUCCUUAUCCCCCCACCCAGUCUCACUCAGACUCUCACCCCUCUCCUCACCCACAGCCUUCCGUCCCUGCCACCCAGACCCACUCUCCGGCUCCCACCCAGACCCACUCUCCGGCUCCCUCUCCUCGCCUAUAUCCUCCUUACCCCCCCACCCAGUCUCACCCGGGCUCCUCUGCUCAUGCUCCCCCUCCCCCCCACCCCCAGUCUCUCGGGGGAGGCGUCCCCAUGCAGUACUCCCAGAUCUACGAUGACCCCCUGUACCCCGGCUUUCCCGAGGGGGAGACGGGAGAGCCGGCUCCGAUUCCCUCCCUCUCCUCCAGCCGGUCGGGGGAGGACCUGCCAAAAGAUAUCAACAUCCUGAAGUUCUUCUUCAACCUGGGCGUCAAGGCCUACACCCUGCCCAUUUGGCCCCCCUACGUGUACCUGCUCCCCCUGCAGCAGACCCACCACCUUAACCCCAGACCUCCCUCCUGCUCCCCCUCUCCUCCCCCCCAGUACCCCCCAUCCAGACCCCAGGAAACGUACCCUCCUCAGCUUCCCUAUCCUCCCGCCUCGGCCUCCAUGCCCCCCCAGUACGAGCAGCACUGGCAACAGCAGCAGCAGAUGCCCCCCCUACCCAGAAAUCCCAGCUAUGCGCACGGGUAUCCUGCCCAAAGCACACCCUUUCGGGGUCAGGGCUACCCCCAGCCCUACCCUUCGUACCCCCUCUCCUCACAAGGGUAUCAGACCCCCUCCCCGGAGGACUUCCAGGGGGUUGCGGAGCAGCGUCAACCCACAAACAGAGACCCGAUCCAGGGACAAGGGCUGAGCCGGGUCCCUGCUCCUCUGGAGGGUCCCGCUGCUGCUAACGUGGCUAAUGCUAACCCCAGCUUACAGGUGGUGGUUCCUGGAUACGGCCAUAAGAAGGAUCGAGGGGACAGUCUGCAGCGAGCCGUGCUACUGGUGGACCCCCCCCUCAACAACACACCCAUCAUCAAGCUGCUCUCAAACCCCGACAUCAGCGACGUCUCCAGGAACUCCCCCGGCUCUCCGUCCCAUUAUGACAUCGUCUCCAAAGCGACCGUCUCCGGGGACAACGGCAAUCUCUACCGCGGCAACAGGAGCUACUACCCCAUGGAGCCCGGGCCACAAGUGGGGGCCGGGGGGUACCUCACCCCCACCGCAAUGGUGGAGUCUCUGUCGGUGGGCUGCAGCACCGAGGACAGCUGGAAGGAGGUGGGGGGGGGAUUCAAACCCCAGACCCUGAGCCACCGGGGGCGAGGGAGGCAGCCCAGAGGGGGGAGAGGGAGGGGAGGCCACGAUUCAGGGAGGGGGGGGCAAAGACGGCGGCAAGCAGGUGUUGGGGGGGCGGGGUUUGACUAUGUUCAGUUUAGCCCCUCCCACAGGGGGCGGGGCCGGGAGGGAGGAUAUGAAUUCUCAGCCAAUCAGAGGACAGGACAGUAGUUCUCAGCCAAUCAGAGGACAGGACUGUCUUUUCUUCUUUUCAGAGCCAUGCUAGCUGUUUGUCUUUGUGCUAAGCUAAGCUAGUGAAGGAGGUGUGUCGGGGGUGGGGUUUGACUAUGUUCAGUAUAGACAGAACUCUGGAUUGUUUUUUUCUUCUUCUUUUCAUGCUAGCUGUCUCCAGUCUUUGUGCUAAGCUAACUCCUCGUUACAGACUUCAGAGCUUUAUCUUUCUACAGACUGGAAGAUACUGAUCGCUGUCUGUAUAGUGCCUCGUUCAGCUUAAAAAAAAAAAGGAUGUAAGACACUUAGCAAAAAGCAUAAACCGAGUUUCUGCUCAAAGCAAAGAGUCACCUCAUCCAAUCAGGACUCUGGUUGAGUCAGAGAAAUACGAGCUCUGUGGAUUUUCUUUCAGUGUUUUUUUUAAUCGUCUCGUUGAUGGUGUGUUUGUCUUGUUUUUGUUCAUUCACCGGGUUUACUUUUCUGUGUCAACUCUCACUAGAGAUUUAGUGCCUUAUAUUUGCUGCGUUUUAUCCUCUUCUUUCAGUUUCUGUUUUCUGUGCUGGAUUUUUCUAUGUGAUUAAAUAAAUGAUUAAACCUUU